AUGAACAAGAUUACCGAGCCCAAUGAGGCAACAACCAUUCUCUUAUUCGGAUCACAGAUCGAGAAACUGAACAAGGAUUCGCUAGACGAAAUUCAAAGCACAUUACAAGACGAACCUUCUCGGGAAUGGAUCCUCAAGACUGUAACAGAGCUCCCAGGCUACUGGGAUGCCAUGGUCAAACAGAUCCCUGAGAUCACAGAUGCAGUUGGUGCAAAGGGGAAACGGCUUCUUGCAGAUCUCGACACCUGGGUCAAGCACAUCCACGAGGAAAAUGGGGGAGGUGAUUUUCUGCGCGAGCUGGAGGCCCUGCCAAGCGUGGUUCUCUCCCCAUUGGUCGUCCUGACGCAGUUGACGCAAUAUCGGCAGUACUUGGAACUGCAACGCAGAGCCAGCAAGGCCACGGCAGAUACUGAUAUUCAUGCACAACUGGUGGUUCAUAAGAAGACAUCGACCUUGGGCUUCUGCAUGGGUCUCCUGGGCGCCUUCGCAAUCGCAUGUUCCCACAGCGCAAAAGAUGUUAACGACUAUGGGGCCGUGGCCGUCCGCCUCGCAAUGGUGGGCGGUGCUUUAAUCGAUGCCCAAGACGAAUGGAGCAAGAAGGAGGGACAAGGUCCUUCCAAGUCUUUCGCCACGGCUUGGCGAACUGCAGCACAGAAGGAAGAGAUGGAGCGCGUGGUUGACGACCUUUUCCCCGAGGCAUACAUCUCGGUCUUCUAUGACGAUUCCCGCGGCACGGUGACGACGACAGAGCGUGCUGCACCACGGUUAGUGAGACGAUUGCGAUCCGCUGGCAUCACCACAGCUGAGGUCGGCCUUCGUGGCAACAUUCACAGCCCGAAUCCCGACACGAAGGAGAAAACAGAAGCAUUUCUCCACUUUCUCAGCACCACGCCAGGCUUGCAACUCCCAGACGCUUCUCGGUUGGCUCUUCCCACAUAUACUAAUGCGGGAGAUGGGAAGCCCGUGGAGGCUAGUGCCGGUCCUAUGCACGAGGUCGCCUUACGUACCGUGUUUAUGCAGCAAUGUAACUGGUAUGACACAUUUGUGUCGGUUAAGAGGGUCAUCUUCGACUCGGAUCCAGAUGCUAUCAUUGCGACUUUCGGCCCAGAUCGAUGCGCUCCACCGACAUUGGUGCGUCCCUUGGGGCCCAGACUCCUCCAUUUUGCGGAUCUGCCCCUGGAGGUGCGAGUGAAAUCGUCAAUUAGCAGUCCCAGGGCAAUCCUCACCGGCAAUGUGGAGCAACUGCAUGAGCAGCCACGAGACAAUGUCGAGAUGAAUGGCUCAGAUAUUGCCGUGGUAGGAAUGGCGAUCAAUGUGGCCGGAGCCGGGGACCUCGAUGAGUUCGCCGAGAUGCUGAAAACAGGCCAGUCACAGCACGAGCUUAUCACUCCUGAUCGCAUCACAUUUGACACCUUGUUCCGCGAGGGUGACAAAGAUCCAUCACGCAAGUGGUACGCCAAUUUCAUCCGUGACUCUGAUGCCUUUGAUCACAAAUUCUUCAAGCGUAGCCCGCGCGAGUCUGCCUCUACCGACCCACAGCAACGCCUUCUGCUUCAGUCUGCAUAUCAGGCCGUUGAGCAGUCUGGCUAUUUCACCGAGGCGACUCGAAGUCCACAGAAAGAAGCCAAGUCUCGUGGCCAUGUCGGAGUUUUUGUCGGCUCUCCGGCAGUUGACUAUGAGCAUAAUGUGGCAUGCCACAGCCCCAAUGCCUUCACAGCUACAGGAAAUCUGCAGAGCUUCCUCGCUGGCCGGGUGGCUCAUUGGUUCGGAUGGACCGGACCUGCCAUUACUAUUGAUACGGCCUGUUCGUCAUCAGCAGUGGCCAUUCACAUGGCCUGCCGUAACCUUCUCACGGGUGAAUGUAAUGCAGCCCUGGCUGGCGGAGUGGCACUCUGUACAAACCCUCUCUGGUUCCAGAACCUGGCUGGAGCUAGCUUCCUUAGUCCAACGGGCCAAUGCAAGCCAUUUGACGCACAGGCGGACGGCUUCUGUCGAGCCGAGGGAAUUGCUUGCGUAUUCCUCAAGCGUAUGUCGGACGCUAUCGCCGACGGUAAUCCGAUCCUAGGCUGCAUUGCUAGCUCGGCGGUUUAUCAAAACCAGAACUGCACUCCCAUGUUUGUGCCAAACUCACCAUCACUCACCGAGCUCUUCCAAGAUGUUAUCAGACAGUCCAAGGUUGCCCCGAGCGACAUCUCUCUGGUCGAAGCUCAUGGCACGGGAACGGCGGUUGGAGAUCCGGCUGAAUAUGACAGCAUCAAGAAUGCCGUCGGUGGACCCAGUGUUCGCUCAACACCUCUACCCAUUGGAUCAGUUAAGGGUCAUGUUGGACACGCCGAGGGUGCAUCAGGCGCCGUCUCACUGAUCAAGGUCCUGAUGAUGAUGAACAGAAACUUCAUUCCUCCACAAGCCAGCUUUUCACGCAUGAAUCCAGGCAUCAAGGCAUCUUCAUCUGACAUGCUAGAGGUUGUCACCUCUCUCCGUCCUUGGAAUGACAGCACCAGCAAGAAGGCCUUGAUCAACAACUAUGGCGCCUGUGGUUCAAAUGCAGCCAUGGUGGUCACUCAAUCUCAGCACCACAGCUUUGGAAUGGCGGGGGCAUCAAUCAGGGCCCUGGGUGCUGUCGAUACUGAGCACAAGCCGCGGUUCCCAUUUGUGAUUUCUGGUCUUGAUGCACGCAGCAUUCAGAGGUAUGCUAGCAAGCUGGUUUCUUACGUGCAAAGUCUGUCGAACGUCAAUGGAAAUGCGAGCCUAGCCGACAUCUCGUUCAGCGUAAACCGGAUCUGCAAUCCAUCGCUGGCUCACGGCAUUUGUUUCGCCGCAAACUCGGUCAACCACUUGCAAGAUACACUCUCACGGGUCGCCGCUGGCGAUUCCUCCCAGAGCUCAUUGUCCGUCGAGCCUAACAAGCCGGAACGUCCUGUUAUCCUCUGCUUCGGUGGCCAGGUUUCGACAUUUAUUGGCCUGGACGAGCACCUGUAUGACAGCGUCGCUAUCCUGAGGCAUCACCUUGACGAGUGUGAUGCCAUCAUGCAAUCCUUUGGCCUCGACAGCAUUUUCCCGGGGAUUUUCUCGGACUCACCGGAAGAGGAUCCCGUCCAUGUGCAGACCAUGCUCUUUGCUAUGCAGUACUCUUGUGCCCGAUCAUGGAUUGACUGCGGUCUCUUUGGAAAGAUAUCUGCCGUUGUCGGUCACAGCUUUGGGGAACUUGUGGCACUCUGCAUUUCGGGGGUCCUCAGUCUCCCAGACGCUGUUCGAAUGGUGGCAGGACGUGCUCGACUCAUUCGGGAGGCGUGGGGCACAGAUAAGGGUGCGAUGAUGGCCAUCGAGGCAGAUGCAUCACUGGCUCAAGAACUCGUCGCCGCCGCCGGGCAUCGCCUCAAAGAGCUGGAUGCCGAUGUGGCCCCAGCUGACAUUGCUUGCUAUAAUGGAGUGCGAAGCUUCACUUUGGCAGGUCCGACAAAGGCCAUCGACGCGGUUACGGAAACCAUUGCACAGGAGACAAAGUUCUCGGCCAUCAAGAGCAAGAGGUUGAACGUCACAAAUGCCUUCCACUCGUCUCUCGUGGACCCGCUCGUCGAGCAACUGGAAGAAAUUGGCCGGGGAUUGACCUUCAACCAGCCGUUGAUUCCACUUGAGCUUGCAACGGAGACCAGAUCCUCAAUUAGUGACUUGACUUCCACUUAUGUGCCUAAGCACAUGCGCAAACCUGUCUUCUUCUGCCAGGCUAUUCAACGCCUUGCAGAGGAACAUCCGUCAGCCAUAUUCCUUGAGUCUGGUUCGAGCUCUGGUAUUACGGUUAUGGCAAGCCGUGCGCUGCCUGUUGGAGGAAGCUUGUAUGGUUUCCAACCAGUGAAGAUCACCAACUGUAAUGGGCUUGACGGUUUGACGGAUGUAACGGUUUCUCUCUGGAAACAAGGUCUAAGGGUCUCAUUCUGGCCGCACCACGCAUCUCAGACCAAUGAAUACGUCAACCUUGUCCUCCCACCCUAUCAAUUCGAGAAGUCACGGCACUGGCUGGAUUUGAAAUCCCCAGCAAAGGCUAUUCAAGAAGCUGCAGCGCUCCUGGUCCCCAGCGGACGAGCCAUCGAACGCAUAGAGAGCGACGAGAGGACUCUCGGGCUUUGUUCAUUCAUCGGGUACCUCGACAAACAGGAGAAGGGCAAGGGAAGCAACCGCACGGCAAAGCAGGCCCGCUUCCGCAUCAACACGGGUUCGGAAGAGUACAAAAGAUUCGUUUCCGGUCACAUCAUCGCAAAGACAGCGCCUAUCUGCCCUGGUACCUUGCAGGUUGAUAUGGCCAUCGAGGCCUUGUUCAGUCUUCAUCCAGAGUGGAAGGACGACGGGUUACAGCCCAUUGUGCACGAUAUGGUCAAUCACUCCCCUCUCUGUGUCGAUCCCUCGCGCGCUGUUUGGCUUGACUUCAAGUCAGCUGGUGGUGAUCUCACACAAUGGGACUGGAGCAUUUCGAGCACCCCCGUCGGUUCUGAUAGUGACGGGCAGAUGUAUGUUCAAGGGCAGAUCCGUGUCCGCUCCGCAGAGGAUGCGUCCUAUGCUGGCGAAUUUGCACGUUUUGAGCGCCUAUUCCCACAUUCUCAAGCUCUCAAGUUGCUUGCUUCUGCUGGCGAUAAUGAACAUGUCGAGGUUCUGCAAGGCCGGAAUGUCUACCGAACCUUCGGUGAGUUCGUUGACUAUGCAGACAUGUAUCGUGGUGUGCGCUCAGUUGUCGGUCUUGCCGAUGAGUGUGCCGGCCGUGUUGUCGGUCGAUAUGCUGGCAAGACGAUGUUGGAUACCCUGCUUGAUGACAGCUUCAGUCAGGUCGCCGGCAUUUGGGUCAACUGCAUGACGGACUUGGCACCUGGCGACAUGUAUAUUGCCACGGGCAUUGAUUUGUCUAUGCGUUCCCCUCGCCAAAUCAUUGACAGUCGUAGAUCCCAGGAGAACUGGCAUAUAUAUGUUCGCAAUACCCGGCAAUCUGAGGCAGCUUACUUGAGCGAUGUCUUCGUGUUCGACGCUGCUACCGGGGAGCUAGCUGAAGUCAUGCUAGGAAUCCAGUACUCGCGCAUCUCCAAGGCGUCCAUGAGCAGAAUGCUGACCAAGCUCACGAAAGACAAGUCGGUCAUGCGUACCCCAACAAGUACAGUGACUGGUGUAACAACACCAAGUGCAGUCGCGCGCAAUGACGGGGUGGUUUUUGCUCCUCUUCCAACAUUGCAGCAGCGGGCUCCCACCACCAGUGUUGUUAAUGACUUGAAUGGGCAGGCAAAGAAGAAAAAGAAGGAGAAGAAGCCCACCAGCUCAGGACGACCUGAUAUCAGCGACGAGAUCCGGAAGCUUGUCGCGACGGUGGCAGGCAUGGAUGUUAGCGAGAUCACUCUCGAUACCGAGGUUGCCGACAUUGGUAUUGACUCGCUGAUGGGGAUGGAGCUUGCUCGUGAAGUCCAGGUGGUCUUCAAGCAGGCAAUGGAUCAGGAUACUCUGCUUCAGGCCACCAGUGUCCGCCAGCUUGUCAACGUCAUUUCUGGCGUUUUAUUCGGCGAGGGCGAUGGUGCUGCCCCUGUUGAUGCCGAGACCAACGUGGCCAGCAGCGAUUAUUCCUCGGAUGAGGAUGACUGGUCAAACAGUGAAGGCGAUACCUUGGCCACCCCUCCCUCGGGCUCAGACACAAGAAUCGCUACACCUGAUCCUGUUAAGUCCAAUCCCACUGGCAAGAGCCUGGAUCUCUCGCCUAUGGAUCUCUUGGAAUGUUUCAGUAACAUCAAGAUGAGUACCGAUCAAAAGCUUGUGGAUCAGCACGUGGACAAUGUGGACGGCCAUAUCAUUGCAGGUACUAGUCGACUGUGCGUUGCUUUGAUUGCGGAAGCGUUCCAGGAUCUGGACUGUUCUCUUCGUUCUGCAGCCAAGGGCGAUAGUCUCUCGCGCAUCCCCUUCCAGCCCGAAUAUGACCGCCUUGUGGAAUGGCUGUACAGUUUCUUGGGGAAUGAUGCUCGCCUGCUCGACAUCGAUCCAACCAGUGGCCAGGUGACAAGGACCGGUGUCGCGGUGCCGUCCAAGCCCAGCGAAGCUAUGAUGGAGGAGUUCAUCAAUGACUUUCCGGACUGGGCAGUCACAGCCAAGCUGAUCUACCAUGCUGGAAAGCCUCUGGCCAAAAUUCUCAAAGGCGAGACCGACGGUAUCAAGAUUCUCUUCGGCUCAAGCGAGGGUCGCGAACUGAUGGCAGGACAUUACCGACACAACCCAUUUGCCGCCUUGCUUGGAGGCCAGAUGGGCGAUUUCCUCACCCUUCUUGCCAGCAAGCUAAAAGUGAGAGGCGAGCAAGGAACACUCAAGAUCUUGGAGAUGGGCGCUGGAACGGGUGGUACAACUCUGAUCCUCGUUCCAUUGCUGGCAUCCUUGAAUAUUCCGGUUGAGUAUACAUUCACUGACCUGUCAUCGUCCAUGGUUGCCGCGGCACGACGUACCAUGGGCAAGCAAUAUCCUUUCAUGCGCUUUGCUGUUCACGAUAUUGAAAAGGCCCCUGCGGAGGAGAUCUGUGGCCAACAUCUCAUCAUCGCCAGUAACGCCAUCCACGCCACACACAACCUGGUCGAAUCUGCCAAGAAUGUCCAUAAGGCCCUGCGGCCGGACGGCAUGCUCAUGAUGCUCGAACAGACUGAAGAUACCCCUCUAUCCAACUUGAUCUUUGGUCUGUUCGAAGGUUGGUGGAUGUUUGAUGAUGGGCGCACGCAUGCAGUCGUGCCUACUGAACGGUGGAGACGAGAUUUGCAGGCCGCAGGCUUUGGUCACGUUGACUGGACUGAUGGUCACUUACCGGAGAACAACAUCCAGCGUGUCGUUGUCGCGUUGGCCGGUGGAUCUGCUAUAGAUCCUCUUCCGAUCCCGUCGUCGUCGACUAAACUACCCGAGCAACCCACGCGCAACCUGGUGACGCGCGAAGCUGAAGCUGAGAAAUACGUUACUGAGCAUACAUCUGCUUGGUCUACGCCGGACCUGGAUGAGGUCAGCAAAAAGCGACAUGGCAAGUCAAGUCAGAACGUACACGACGCCGUCGUGUUGGUCACUGGAGCCACUGGGAGCUUGGGUUCGCACCUGGUUGCUGCAUUUGCUGAACAUCCCGACGUCAAGACUGUGGUUUGCGUGAACCGACGCAGAAGCCUCACGCCGGUCGAGAGCCGACAAGCUGAUGCCUUUUCUAGUCGUGGCAUCUCCCUUUCGCCAACCGCAAACUCCAAGCUUCGGGUUGUCGAGACGGACACCUCUCAGUCCCAACUAGGUAUGGACGCGUCUGAGUAUCAAUGGUUGGUGCAAAAUGUCACUCAUAUUGUACACAACGCCUGGCCCAUGAGUGGCACACGGCCCCUUCCUGGCUUCAUUCCCCAGUUCCAGGCCAUGCGUCAGCUCUUGGACCUGGCACGCGACGCCGCUUGCUUUUCGCAGUCCGACGAUGAUGUCCGCCGCAUUGGAUUCCAGCUCGUCACCUCUAUUGGAGUUGUUGGCCAUGCAGGCCGUGGACGCAUUCCGGAAGAGCGAGUGCCCAUCUCUGCCGUUCUGCCCACGGGCUACUGCGAAGGCAAAUGGAUCUGCGAGCGCAUGCUGGAUGAAACACUCCACAAGUACCCCGACCUCUUCCGUCCCAUGGUCGUCCGUCCAGGUCAAAUUGCGGGAUCCUCGAACAGUGGCGUCUGGAACCCCGUCGAACACUUCGCGUUCAUGGUGAAGUCGGCCCAGUCCCUGCGCGCAUGGCCCGACUUGGACGGGAGUAUGCAAUGGGUGCCUGUCGAUGCGGCUGCAGCCUCCAUUUCUGAAUUGUUGCACAUUGGAAACGAAGCCAAUGCAGUCGAGGCAUACCCUGUCUAUCACAUUGACAAUCCGGUUGGUCAGUCGUGGAAGGAGAUGUCGCCUGUUUUGGCGCGUGCGCUUGGCAUCGCGUCCACCGGAAUCGUCCCGUACCGCGACUGGCUCCGACGGAUUACUCGCUCGCCUCUGCAAGAGUCGGAGAACCCAGCUUCGCGGAUUGUGUACUUCUUAGAUCGCGACUAUGAGCGUAUGUCUUGUGGUGGGUUGGUCUUGGAUACGAGCAAGACGAAGGAGCACUCUAAGACGAUGGCUUCGUUGGGGCCACUGAGUCCGGCAGUUGUUGAGGGAUAUGUUAGAUCGUGGAAGGAGACAGGCUUUCUUUCCUCGUGA